UGUAGGGGCAUUUUAAUCGCAUAUGCAACAUGUCGCGAUCGUCUUAAUUAGAUUAGGGAAUGUUCGCCUAAAAUUACUCCAUUUAACAGUUUAUCUAAUUGUACUUGCAACAGUUGGAAAACCAUCGUGCAUUUCUCAUUUCUACGGUACACCGGUCGUUGACAUGAGGCUGCAAAAUAUCGUGCAAAUGAGAAAGAGUGAAGUGAUGGAAAGCUGGACAUAACCCUGUAACAAUGAGAUGGAUGUCCUAUUUCUAAGUCGAAAUACAUUCUCUUUAUCGUAAUCAAGGCUGCAAACGAGGAAGAGACAGAGAGGGAAAGAGAGAGAGAGAGAGAGAGAGAGAGAGAGAGAGAGAGAGUUACCGAGCGCGGUUUUUCGAAUUAUUUUGGAACUGUGGGCUCAAUAUGGGAUUGCUAUUUGCAAAGUUGUGGAGUCUCUUUGGUAACGAAGAACAUAAAAUAGUUAUGGUAGGAUUGGACAACGCCGGUAAAACAACCAUAUUAUAUCAAUUUCUAAUGAACGAGGUUGUUCAUACGUCCCCGACUAUUGGUUCAAAUGUAGAAGAAGUAGUAUGGAAGAAUAUUCAUUUCAUAAUGUGGGAUUUAGGGGGACAGCAGAGCUUAAGGGCCGCAUGGUCUACUUAUUACACGAAUACAGAAUUCAUAAUUAUGGUUAUAGACAGCACAGAUAGAGAGAGACUCGGUGUGAUAAGAGAAGAAUUGUAUUCUAUGUUAAAUCACGAGGAACUUAGCAAAGCUAAUGUUUUAGUUUAUGCUAAUAAGCAGGACUUGAAGGGUAGUAUGACAGCCGCUGAAAUUUCAAGGCAACUAGAUUUAACGUCGAUCAAAAAACAUCAGUGGCACAUACAAAGCUGUUGUGCUCUCACGGGAGAAGGACUCUAUCAAGGACUGGAAUGGAUCGUUGGACGUCUCAAGAAGACAUGACGUACAUUAUGAGAAUUUGUCAUAAAUUCGACGGAAUAACUAAACUGUAUAAUAUGUGAUUAGCGCGAGUUAGUAUCGUUGCUACUUUGAUGGUCGUACACAUAUUGGAAAAAAUAAUUUUAUGACGUUUUAAAAUGAUACAUUAAUUUAUAGUACGAUGAUCAAAGUAUAACUGCAUAUACCGAGACAAUUACCGUAGCAAAUGUUCAAUGUAUUUCAGAGUGGACGGGCAAAAAAUUUAUUUAUUUUCAAUAAAAUAAUAAUACACGCUCGCGUUUCCUGAUAUAAAAACGUGAAAAUAAUUGUGGAGAAAAGAUGAAUUAUCGAUAGGCAUAAAAGAAAAAAAAAAGAAAAAAAAAAAAAGAAAAAAAAGAAGAAAAAAAAAGAGCGAAGCUGAAGAAAAUUGUAAAAUAUAAAAUAGGAGGUUUCCCAUGAUGUAUAAUGCUUGAUUAAUUUUACAAUAUUACAGAUAUGUUAAAAUAUGUGUUGUUUUACGUUUAAGUAACAUGCAUUUUCAAGAGUGAUAACUGCCAAGUCUUAUUCCUCGUUCGCACAUAUUUCAUAUAUCAUUUAAUUCCCGCAAGUACUAUCCAAUAAUAAACUAUCGGGGUUAUUAUAAGAAAAAGAAGCGCAAUUGGAAGAAUCUAAAAUAAAUUCUUGAAAAUAGAAUCCGACCCGUUCACUUGUGCUUAUAACAAAUGCCGAAGCCGCAGGAAGUACUUGUUUACAUACAAAGAGAAUAUCAUCGUUUGGCUUCUUAUGCAAAAGUAAAAGGUACAUCUUUGUACAUAGUUUUUAUACACUUUAUUAACGAUAAGCGACUGUAAAAAAAAAAAAGAGAGAAAAAAAAAGAAAAAAAGAAAUAAAGAAAAAAGAAAAAAAAAGGAAAAAACUACAGAAAAGAAGAAGAAGAAGAAGAAGAAGAAGAAGAAAAAAGUAAGGUCAGCAAGUAUAGCUCCAAUCUGUAACAUAUUUUUAACAUUUCUGUAUCAAAUUUUAAGCAGAUUUCGAACCGUGCAAACAGCUGUAAGACUUCAUAACAAGGAUAGAUAACUGAGGGACGGGUGUUUGCUGGGAAAAUCUAAUUUGACUUGUGCGUUACAAAUAAUCUUAAUUAAAUUAAUACACUUAAUACGAAACGAUACAAAUUCAUUUCUGUGUAAUUAUAUAUUAUGGAACAAAAAGUUUUAUUUAUUAAUUAAUUAAAAAUAUAUUGUUUUAAUGUUCAAUCAACGGCUCUUUGAUAAUAAUUUGUAUGCAGCUAGAAAUAUUACUGCGUCAGGUUUGCGUUACUUGGACAAUAUUCAGUCAAGAUGUUAACAAUAUUGAGUAUCAAUAUAAUGAACGUUGAUUAAAUUUAAUUGAGAAAAUGUUAAACAUCAUUGUAUAAGAUAAAUGCCGUCUAAAGUCAAGAGUGAGAAUCUUACGUAUAAAAUAAUUUUCUCAUAUUGAGAAAUGACACUUGAAAAUAACGAACUAUCGCGCAUACCUAUAAUAAUUGCACUUUCCUGCACAUCGUAUAUGUGAACAUACAUACGUUAUUUUCUCUUUAAUCGAAAUUUUGUCAAAGUGUUUCAAUGAUAUAAUUGUUGAUAGAAACGUGGCUAAAACUAGUAUUAUCGAAUCGAAGAUUUUUAUCACCUUGAGUUAUUUUCUUAUUUGAAUUAGUUAAAAAAAAACAGGACGAAGACAGCGUGUUAUAAAGCGUGUGUGCGUUACAUGUAUAUAUAUGUAUAUAUAUAUAUGUAUGUGAUAUAUAUAUAUAUAUAUAUGUGUGUGUGUGUGUGUGUGUGUAUAUGUAUAUGCAUAUAUGUACAUACAGAGAGAGAGAGAGAGAGAGAGAGAGAGAGAGAGAGAGAGAGAGAGAGAGAGAGAGAGAGAGAGAGAGAAUCAUGUUCAAUUUAAUAAAGCAGGCGAACCUGUUUCCUACGACAUUGUUCAAAAUCACACGAAAUCGUUAGAUCUCUUCUAUCCGUCUUCCUCUUUUAAAAUUUUGAUACUACGUACAAGUGAUGAUCUCUUUUUGUUCCGAUAGUAUCACUUUUGAAAAAUAUUAACAUGAAAAUGAAGGAUCCGUACGGAACCCGUACGGAAAAAGUACGCGUGGUUUAAAUUUAUAAUAAAAUCUCUGCAUUAAAUUACAUAAUAAAUUAGAGAUAAUGAGGAGGGCUGCAAUAAAGUUGCACUUAUUGGUAAUUCCAUUAUCUUGGAUAGAUACGUUCUGCGCCGUGACGUUAUUAAUAAAUAGUAAAUAGCGAAUAAAAUGUAUUUUAAAGGAAAAUGCAAAGAAAUAUUAGAAUUUACUUAAUUUCCCGUCUGUCUAUCAUAUAUGAAACGAAAGUUUGAUGUAAUAUCGUAUUAAGAAUCGAUCGGUUGUUUAAGAGUUGACGUCCUUGUACUUGUGCAUUUAUCAGAUUAGGUAUUAAGAAGAAAUGAUUGCGUAUAUCGCAUAUUAUUUUUAAAUAUCUAUUUAUUUUCAUGUUUAUUAUAAAUAAAGAAUCGCACACACUCA